AUGUCUUCCUCGCGCAAGCCUGUCGUGACCAUCGGGAGUGAUGGGCCUACUAUUCCGGCCAUGGGGUUCGGAGCCAUGGGCCUAAGUUAUGGUUAUGGCGCUGGAGGUUCCGAUGAGGAAAGGUUCAAAGUGCUCGACCGGGCGUGGGAGAUCGGCUGUGUCAACUGGGAUACGGCGAUCAGCUACGGCGAUCAGCUAAGGCGACAACGAGGACCUGAUCGAAUUGCAAGAAAUCCCUCGAGACUAGCCUGCGCCGGCUCGGAGUGGAGAGCAUCGACCCUUUACUAUAUGCACCGCGCGAACCCCAGCGUUGCGAUCGAAAAGACGGUCCAGGCCAUGAAGGAGCUUCACCAAGCAGGAAAGAUCAAGGAUCUCGGGCUUUCGGAGGUCUCCUCUGCGACCCUUCGCAGAGCUCACGCCGUUCACCCGAUAGCAGCAGUGCAAAUUGAGUACAAUCCUUGGACGCUUGACAUUGAGGGUCCUUCAGGGACGAACCUGCUCGAUACCUUUAAGGAACUCGGUGUGGCUGUUGUUGCGUACUCGCCGUUGGGACGAGGCAUCUUGACCGGAAAGUACCGAUCCAAAAACGACUUCGAGCCCGGCGAUGUUCGCCACUACCUGGAGAGAUACCAAGACGAGAACUUCCGGAAGAACCUGGUCCUCGUGGACAAAUUCGAACAGGUUGCCAAACGAAAGGGUUGUACAUUAGGCCAGCUCGUCCUCGCAUGGCUCGUGGCCCAAUGGGACAAGGUGAUUGUGAUUCCUGGAACGAAGAAGAUCAAGUAUCUGGAAGAGAACUUUGAUUCUGGAAAGGUAGAGAUCACAUCAGAGGAGGAGCGUGAGCUUCGGGAGCUGGUCUCAAGUAGCGGUAUCAGCGGCAGCCGGAACCCUUUCUUUGGCCAGUUCGUGGACACAGUUUCGUUAUAG